UGUAUCUCGCACGCUUCCCCCGAAGAUUCCGGAACAACCCAUCAAAUCGAACCUGGCCUUCCCUUUCCCCGCAACUGAUGGGCUUCCGCUUCGCCCACCUCGCCGCCGGCGCGGCCCGCGCCGCGGCCUCCUCCUCCAGCCGAGGGGGCCCACACACGGCCUCUGCCCGCCGCGCGCUCCUCGCCCCUCUCGCCUCGGCCUCGCCGUGGGAGCCGACCGGGAACGGGCACUGUCUCGUCCCGGCCCGCGGCCACGUGGGCCACUCCCACUCCCACCACAGCGGCGAGGAGGGAGGCGAGGCGUCGGAGAGGGUCUUCCGGCUGGGGCUCGCGGCCGACGUCGUCCUCACCGUCGGGAAGGCCGUCACCGGCUACCUCUCCGGCAGUACGGCGGUCGCCGCUGACGCCGCCCACUCCCUCUCCGACAUUGUGCUGAGCGGGGUGGCUCUGCUGUCGUACAAGGCGGCCAAGGCUCCCAGAGAUAAGGAGCACCCGUAUGGUCAUGGAAAGUUCGAGAGUUUAGGAGCUCUUGGAAUUUCAAGUAUGUUAUUGGUUACUGCAGGUGGGAUUGCCUGGCAUGCUUUUGACGUUCUUCAGGGAGUUAUGUCUUCUGCUCCUGAGAUUAUCGGCAGCAUAUCGCAUUCUCAUCACAGCCAUGGUAGCAGUGGGCAUCACCAUGGGAUAGAUUUGGAACAUCCCAUCCUUGCACUGAGCGUGACAGCUUUUGCAAUAUCUGUCAAAGAAGGGCUAUAUUGGAUCACAAAAAGAGCUGGAGAAAAGGAAGGGAGUGGGUUGAUGAAAGCUAAUGCCUGGCAUCACCGUGCUGAUGCUAUUUCUUCUGUUGUUGCCCUAAUAGGGGUAGGUGGCUCCAUUCUUGGAGUUCCUUAUCUUGAUCCACUAGCUGGACUUGUUGUCUCAGGCAUGAUUCUUAAAGCUGGUGUUCAGACUGGAUAUGAGAGUGUACUGGAACUAGUUGAUGCAGCUGUGGAUCCAUCACUUCUACUGCCAAUCAAGGAAACAAUUUUGAAGGUUGAUGGUGUUAAGGGGUGCCAUCGGUUGAGGGGAAGGAAAGCUGGGACCUCCUUAUAUCUCGAUGUGCAUAUUGAGGUAUAUCCUUUUUUGAGUGUCAGUGCAGCACAUGAUAUUGGUGAGACUGUCCGUCAUCAAAUACAGAAGUCGCAUAAUCAAGUUGCUGAGGUUUUCAUACACAUAGAUCCUUCGUAUUCAGUGGAAUCCAACAUGGACAAAAAGGGAUUUUGGGAGAAUAUAGAGAGAAGGAACUCAGAUUCUAUCCCGCGGCAACAAACGGCAGAAGCCAUUGUGUCUCAUAUAAUUUCCUCCCAUUUCUCAAAGAAAAUGUCACUUGAACACCUAAUGCUGCAUUACUUGCAAGGACGAGUGCUACUUCAGGUCCAGGUUUCAAUGUCUCCAGAAAUUAUGAUCCGUGAUGCAAUGAAUAUUGCAAAGCAAGCCGAAGAGGAGAUACUGAAGGCUGAUUCCAGCAUAAGUCAAGUAAGCGUACAGCUAAGAUUGGGGCAACAAAUUAAGCAACUUAAGCUGCCAGGAGGCAUAGAUACAUCGAGCAAUCAACAGGCAGAAGAGCCGUAGCGUCAGCUGCGCUGUCAUAGUCAGCCUGGCUGAUUCUUUUUGCUAGUUUUUUUAAAAAAAAAUCGAACAUUAAUCUGUCAACUUCAUUAGCUGCUGAAGUGCUGAGGCAGUAGACUAGAAAAUGCUUCGUAGAGUGAUCAUAGUCUAUUCAGGCUUCAGAGAAAUAAAGUGUAUGUAUAUCUAUAAAAGUAUUAGAAUAAUGUAGAGAGAGAGAGGACACGGAGAUGUAGUCUAUUAUCGGUUGUGUCUGUGCAAAACUGCCUGAUACCAGUAGAGACUUCGGGGACGUUUGUUAUCUCCAUGAAGAUCUGAUUAAUCUUCUAAUUAUAAUACCCCAUUCGGGACUACAAUUGAUUGAUAUUAUUACACACAAGUUGGCAUGUUUUUGCACCACAUU